CGCAACUUUAAACUAACGUUUGGCUUCAGCCGCUUAGCAGUCCGCCAGGAGGGUCCUCCGCGGUACCAGAAGCGUGUGAAAAAAUGCAGUCGCUUUUGAACACGAUGCCGAGUGCCUCGACGGGAACUGUCGUUGUCACGGAUCAUCUGAAUUUCUGGGCUGGGAGUCGAGUUCAGCCCAAGGGUGGGAAAAACUCCGAGCCCGUGUACGAACCGGCAACUGGUCGUGUAUUGUGUGAGAUAGUUCCCUGCGGGGCGGAUGAGGUAGACCAGGCCAUACAAAGUGCCCACAGUGCCCACCUAAAAUGGGGCAAGCUGGCAGGCAUGGAAAGGGCUCGCAUUAUGCUGGAGGCUGCUCGCAUUAUCAGGGAGCGACGAGACAACAUUGCCAAACUAGAAGUGAUCAACAAUGGAAAGUCUAUCACUGAAGCACAGGUGGAUAUUGAUAUUGCCUGGCAGUGCAUUGAGUAUUAUGCUGGCAUGGCCGCUACACUCUCAGGCCAGCAUGUCCAGCUCCCCGGGGGCGCAUUUGCUUAUACAAGGCGGGAGCCCCUUGGUGUGUGUGUGGGAAUUGGGGCCUGGAACUACCCCUUCCAGAUUGCAGCAUGGAAGUCUGCACCUGCCCUGGCAUGUGGUAAUGCCAUGGUUUUUAAGCCCUCUCCAAUGACUCCUGUGACUGCUGUCAUACUGGCUGAGAUCUACAAAGAUGCAGGGGUACCUGAUGGGCUCUUCAAUGUGGUACAAGGUGGAGCAGAGACUGGCACCUUGCUCUGCCACCACCCCAUGGUAGCCAAAGUGUCCUUCACUGGUAGUGUUCCAACAGGCAAGAAGAUCAUGGAAAUGUCUGCAAAGGGAGUGAAACCUGUGACUCUGGAGCUGGGAGGGAAAUCGCCCCUCAUCAUCUUCAAGGAUUGUGAGUUGGAGAAUGCAGUGCGGGGAGCUCUCAUGGCAAACUUCCUCACCCAGGGUGAGGUUUGCUGUAAUGGCACCAGAGUUUUUGUGCAAAGAGAAAUCAUGCCAGAGUUCCUGGAAGAAGUUGUGAAGAGGACCAAGGCCAUCGCCGUGGGUGACCCUCUGUUGGAGGACACCCGUAUGGGAGCACUGAUCAGCAAACCACACCUUGAAAAAGUGCUGGGAUUUGUUAGUCAGGCCAAGAAAGAGGGAGCUAAAGUGCUUUGCGGAGGGGAGCCAUUCACUCCCACUAAUCCCAAACUGAAGGGAGGCUACUUCAUGACACCUUGUGUUCUUGAUAACUGCACAGAUAACAUGACAUGCGUGAAGGAGGAGAUCUUUGGCCCAGUAAUGUCUGUUAUGCCUUUCGACACUGAAGAGGAAGUUCUCCAGAGGGCCAACAACACUACCUUUGGAUUGGCCUCUGGAGUCUUUACCAGGGAUAUUUCACGAGCUCAUCGUGUUGCUGAGAAUCUGCAGGCAGGGACCUGCUUCAUAAACAACUACAACAUCAGUCCUGUGGAGGUACCAUUUGGAGGAUACAAGAUGUCAGGUUUUGGGAGAGAGAACGGUCAAAUCACAAUUGAAUACUACUCCCAGCUGAAGACAGUGGUUGUGGAGAUGGGCGAUGUAGACAGUCUUUUCUGAACAUCUCUCAGCAAGUCGAAACUCUUUAACCCACCCUGCAAAGACAUCUCGGCACCAUUUACCAAAAGUGUGUAGUCCUUUUUUUCCACAACCUUUGCACUCUGGUCUUUUGCUUUGACCUCUUGCCAGCAUUAAAGUGUUGUUAAGCCUUUUUUUUUUUUUGCAUUAUGUGAGCUGGAAACGUGUUUGUAUUGACCCUACGGUGGUAGAACAGAUUCCCUUGGUGAUGAAUUCAACCAAAUAAAAAGGCUGCAAUACAUGGACACUUUGAGAGAGGAAAUCUAUGCUUUGUCUUUCUUGAGAGGGAUAACUUGCAUUAUGAUCAUUGCAUUUGAAUUGCCUAUGUAGAAUGUUGGCAUCAAAGAUGCUGAGACCUACAGUUAAGGUCAAAAUUAUUAGCCCCCUUUAUGAAAUCAAACAAAACCCUUAACUUUUCCAUGGAAAUGACCAUAACCAAAAGUGUUUAUAGUGUAAUUGCUUCCAAAAGAACAAAGACAAAAUUCCACUAAGCUUGAUUUAAGAUAUUUUACUGAUGCACUGAAUUGAAAGAAGAAAAAACAAAAAUGACGAGGCCAAAAUUAUUAGCCCUCUGACAAGUAAUAGUCAAUAGUGUAACCUUUCUAACUCACAACUGACAACAACCUCUUAUGGUAGUUCCUUACUAGGUUGGCACAUGUCUCUUGAGGGAUCUUAGCCCAUUCUUCCUUGGCAAAUUGUUCCAGCUCAUCCAAAUUGCAUGGUUUUCAAGCAUGGGCAUGAACCUUGAGCUCUCGCCACAGAUUCCCAAUAGGAUUGAGAUCUGGGCUCUGAGAGGGCUACUCCAGGACCUUGAUUUUGGUGUCCUUCAAAAAGUUUUGGACCAACUUGGCUGUAUGCUUCAGGUCACUGUCUUGCUGGAAGACCCAGCAGCAACCUAAAGCUAGACUGGCAGCAGAUUUCUUUACAUUAUCCUUCAAAAUGUCAACAUAAUCUUCUUUCUUCAUGAUCCCAUGCACCUGAACAAGGUUCCCUGUGCCUGAAGCAGCAAAACAGCCCCACAGCAUUAUGUUCCCACCACCAUGUUAAACUGUGGCAACUGUGUUUUAGGGUUGAAGGUCUCUCCCUUCCUUCGCCAAACAAAAGCAACAUCCAUGUGCCCAAACAGCUCAAGUUUAGUCUCAUCAGACCGAAGGAUACUUCCAAAACUCAUGCCCGUGUUUCAAAUGUUCACGGGCAAACUUCAGUCUGGCUUUGAUGUGCUGCUGUGUGAGCAAUGGAGAUUUUCUUGGACAAUGACCUCGAAGCCAACCACGAUGAAGAGCCCUCACAACUGUCUUCCUUGAAACAUCAAGUCCAGAAGAGGCCAGUUCAGCAACAAUCGUCUUGACAGAGAUCCAGGGAUUGUUGUUGACAUCUCUGACUGUUUUCCUCUCCAAAGUUUUUGAAAUCUUGCACUUUUGACUGACUGCUCCCAGGUUUGUUUCUAACAGAGUUUUUCUCCUUGUGCUUUGUAAUGAUACAACAUACAGCUGUUCUAGACACUGAAACGCCUUCCUCCUUAAAAUGAGCAUCCACUCUCUUCUUUCUGAGUUUGAUUUCUUAAUUUUUGGCAUGAUGAAAUUACUUCUUACCAAGAAUUUAAGAGUAGUCCCUCUCAAUCAAGUGUUCGAGUGCCACUAGCCCUGUUCAUUGGAGUCCCUUAAGUAAAGUUCAAUGCUGAUUGAUUGCUCAGGUGUGGUUUGAAAGCAAAAAAUCACAUAGGGGCUAUUAAUUUUGACCACCUCAAUUUUCAAUACAUUUUGUAUAAAGCAAACCUGAAGAUUUAUUUUACAUCCCAAAAUGUACCAAAUAGGGGCCUUAACAUUGAUGAAUGUUUUACUAUGUAAAGUUUUAUGAAAGACGUAAACAUUGGGUGGAAUUUUAGGGACAUGUUCCAUAGUUCCUUGGGGGCUAAUAAUUUUGACUUUAACUGUAUGUGACGUGGGUUUUUUCUUUUUUUUUUCUUUUUUUUUUUUAGGGAGUUGUUCCUUAUCUGAUGCGAGGGUCUAAGCACAGGAUCUUGUGUUGCUGCAAAUUUGUGAUAUUGGGCAUUUCAAAUAAAAUUGACUUGACUUGACCCAUGUGAUGUGGGGUCAAGCGCAUUAAACCUGUUAAUAUAAGCAGAAAGGUGACACACACUCCGGUCCACUAUGCCGCUGCCACUCAAAUGCAGAACUGCCAAGAUGCAAAGAUGUAGUGUUGGUUAUAUGAAUAAGAAUUAAUCAACCCUUUUUAAACUUCACUUUUGAUUGAUUUUUUUUUAAAUAAA